CAAAUGGUUACUGUGUGGCCUCGAUAGUUUUCCUGUCUCCAGCAAUUCAGUGAAUUUACCAUGAUUGGCGUAGAUGAAGUGCUCAAACGACGUUUCCUGGAGCUUAUUAAAUCAGUACAGCCGGCGAAUCGGUGGAAGGUGGUCGUGGUAGACUCACUGUCGCUGAAAAUCCUCAAUUCAGCCUGCAAAACACACGAUAUUAUGGAAGAAAACGUGUUCCUGGUGGAAAAUAUCGAGAAACCUAGACAGCCGUAUCCUACCCGUGAAGCUAUUUACAUCCUUACACCAUGUAUCGAAUCUUGCUCGAGGCUUGUGGAUGAUUUCUCGCGUCCAGACGGUCCUAUGUAUGCAGCUGCUCAUGCCCACUUUAUUAACGGUUUGGAUAAUGCUGUGUUCAAUGACCUUACUCGUAAAUUAAAUGCAGCCAAUGCAUCCAAGUAUAUUCAAAGCUUAAAGGAGAUGUACAUUGAUUUUUUGGUGUGCGAGAACUCGGUUUUUCUUCUUGACGACGCAAGAAAAUUCCGCAUGUUGUUUGGAAGCGAUAGCACGAACCGAAAUAAAAUCGAGGCGGAUUUGGAAGACAUCGCCAAGCAGCUUCUUUGUGUGUGUGUGACGCUGGGAGAAAACCCAUUGAUUCGAUAUCAUCGUCCUCUUGAUGUUCAAGGCACCAUCAAUCGCAAUAUACCCUGGCAUCUCGCCAAAAUGGUGCAGGCAGAACUCGACAAUUUUUGCACCAUCAAUCCCGAGUUUCCUCCUUCACGCGAUCCUCCGUUACCACGUGGAACCCUCAUUCUGUUGGAUCGUACCAUCGAUCCUAUUUCUCCGUUCCUACACGAAUUCACGUAUCAAGCUAUGAUGGCUGAUCUUCUCCAUGUAGAAGAGGGCACAACCGGUUCCAAAUAUUCUUAUGAAUAUACGCAAGAGGAUGGUACUACGAAAGACGAAGAGAUCAUGCUCAAUGAGCAGGAUAGUCUGUAUACCUCUAUUCGACAUAUGCAUAUCGCUAGCACCAUCGAAAAGCUGAUAGAAGACUUUAAUGAUUUCAUGUCACAAAAUAACAAGGCUGCAUCAGAAAGUGACAGCUCGGUGCGAAAUCUCAAUGAUAUGAAGGAUAUGAUUGCUAAUUUGCCGCAAUACCAGGAAAUGAAAGGCAAGUUUUCCGCUCAUAUGACGAUUGCUACCGACUGCAUGUCCGAGUUUACGAAACAAAACUUGGAUGCGAUUGGUCUCAUUGAACAGAACAUGGCUUGUGGUGAAACGCCUGAAGGCACCACGCCGAAAAAUUUAGUGGAGGAGCUAACGCCGAUUUUGGAUGACCCUUAUACAAGUGAAAUGAUUAAAGCACGACUAAUUAUGCUUUGGAUCGCGGCUUCAGAAAAGGUGGAUCCGGAAGCAUUACAAAAGCUGCUGUCGCAUGCUCGCUUGGACCAAGAGUACAAAGAUGCGAUUGAGAACUUGACGCUGUUGGGUGUACAACUGUCCAAAUCCGCCAACCGGCAGGGAGAGAAAUCGAAGAAGGAUAAAAAGAAACGUGAAAGUGGGGCAAGCCAGACGGAGGUCCCGUAUACGCUGUCGCGGUAUGUUCCGGUCGUCAAGCGUGUGGCGGAAGCGCACAUCAAGGACACGAUUGAUCAGAGUUUGUUUCCACUUUUACGAGUGGCUGAACCCGAGAAUCUCCGACGUGAUUCGAUUCAUUCACGGAAACAGGUGCCUCAGCUUCGUGUCUACAAAACUCAAUGGCACAAGAAAUCUACAGGCAGCAAUGCUGCUGCCAAACCGCCUUCGGGUCCUCCUGUGAUCAUCUUUAUUACGGGCGGUAUGACAUAUUCUGAGAUGCGUUCAGCCUAUGAUCUGGCUGAGACCCUGAACCGCGAAGUGUAUAUUGGUUCCACACACAUCCUUACGCCUGAUAAGUUUGUAAAGGAUUUGAGUCUGUUGGAUAAACCGGCACCGGCACCCAAGAGUGUGGUGCCUCCGUACACGGGCAGUGUGUUCAAAUCGUCGGGCAACGGGGGUUCAUUAGCGACGAGUCCUAUCCCCUCUCAUUCGAGCAAAUCUUCGGGCCAUAAAAUAUUGAAAUGGUAGUUUGCCGGACUUGUGUUCAUAGUAUACUUACAUCUUAUUUGGCCCCUGUUGAAUCUCAGCCACUAAAAUUUUCAGUUGGGGAUGAAAAUUAAAGAACAGCCCACGGCUGUUUGAAUAUACACAGGUCCAAAGUUCUUAAAAAUACGAUUUCGAGUUAUAGCACCUUACUUUAUAUGGGCUUCCGCCCUGUUGCCCUUUUAUUCUCCAAUGGUUCUGCGUUGACGGGCCUUCCGGCCGAGGAGUGUAAACAAACCAAAACCACUACGGGGAAGAAAUGAGUUUAAAUUUUUUUUUUUGUUUUGUGACAAUUUUUUUGUUUUUUGCUGUCCUUGCUUUUUAUUUUUUU